GAAGGAUACAUAAGCAGAAGUACCACCACACUACUCAUAAGAUGAACAGCACCACCUUAAUAAUAAUAACCUUGUUUUGUGUCUUUCCCUUGGUGUUAGGAGAAUUAAGGUUAGGAUUCUAUAGCUUCAGCUGUCCAAGAGCGGAGGCAAUUGUUCGUGAUGUUGUGCAAAGGCGUUUCAACACUGACAAAUCCAUAACCGCCGCCUUGCUUCGCAUGCACUUUCACGAUUGUUUUAUUAGAGGCUGUGAUGCGUCCUUGCUACUCGAUCCAACUGAAAACAGAACAUCGGAGAAAGACGCAGGGCUAAACCAAUCCGUACGAGGAUUCGACAUAAUUGAUGAGGCUAAAAGUGCUUUGGAACAAGCUUGUCCUUCAACAGUGUCGUGUGCAGAUAUCAUAUCACUGGCAACGAGAGAUGCGGUGGCUUUGGCGGGUGGACCAAGCUACAAUCUGGGAACAGGAAGAAGGGACGGGCUUGUAUCAGACCCAAGAGAAGUGAAACUUCCUUUACCAUCAAUGUCAGUGUUCGAGGCUCUGCAUUUCUUCACCGCAAGGGGCUUUACACUCUAUGAAAUGGUGACACUCGUCGGAGGAGGACAUUCUCUUGGCUCCACCCAUUGUAGCAAUUUUCGCAACAGACUUUCCAGCUUUCGAGGAAGCCUUGAUCCCACCAUGGAUCCUAAUAUGGAUGCAGCAUUGGGGAAGGUGUGUGGAUCGGCAAAGCAGCCAGCAACAACCGAUCCAAGUGUGUAUUUGGACCAAAUCACGCCUUUGGCAUUUGAUAAUCGCUUUUUCAACCAAAUUCUUGCGAAAAGAGGCAUACUUAACCUCGAUCAACAGCUGGCUUUGGACCCAUUAUCAAGUGACUUGGUCUCGGGUUUUGCGGCGGAUGGUGAAAGCUUGUCACAAAGCUUUGCAAGUGCAAUGAUAAAAAUGUCUUCCAUUAAUGUUACACUUGGAAAUGAAGGGGAGAUUCGAAGGAACUGUAGGGCUGUUAAUCAUCCUUUAUAGAACCAUUAUACAUUAUUAA